GAUACAAGAAAAAAAAAGUCAAGAUAUGUUGUGAAAUUGUUGAAUGUUAUCCAAAAAGUGAACGAAUAUUCUGUUAAUAUACGCAAAGGAAAACUGCUAAUCUAGUUGGAUUAUACAAACACUUCUAAGUGUUGGCAAUUCUUCGGCGGAAACGCGGAUGAGAAACGAAAUUGACGUUCCAACGCCAAAGGGAAUGGCCGCAUAAAAUAGAAAAAAAAAUAGAAAACAACGACUAACAGCAAUCAACAAUGUGGAAAUGAUAAUUGCAAUUGCCUGCACAAGCAAACAAAGAAGAAAGAAACAAGUGAAGAAAGUUGAAGAGCGACGAGGGGAAGAAACGAAAACAAAAAGAAAAAGAAAAUACCCACGAACGGGAAUGGCGAAUGAAUAGAAAGAAGUUUGCGAAAAGAGAAAAAAAGAAAAAAUUAAAAGAAACAUAAACAAAAAAGACGAAAAGCAAUUAUAGCUCUUGAUACAAACGCGAUGGUGUUUUACAAUAUGUAAAUAUAAUUAGCCGAGCGGAGUUUUCAUUCCAGGAAUUUCGCCAGCCAACAAAAGAAAUAAAUACUACGACUGCAACAAAAAACAAAACGCGCCUUGAGUUUAGAGCCGGUUUUAUAAUUACUCCAAGUUUUCAGCCUCUCUCUCUCUCUCUGUCUCCGUGUAUCUCUUCCAAUUCCGAUUCGAACUACGGGUAUUGGUAUCACAAUUCCCCGCUCAAGUGACAAUACCAAUUUAACUACCAUUCAUCGCAAAAACCGCAAAAACAGUGAUUACUCUCCGGUCGCGAGUGAGUGUGAGUGAGUGCGAGUUGCAGUUGCAAGUGCGAUUGCAACUGCGACAAUGGCAGUGUCCUGCCCCGAAGUUAUGUACGGUGCCUACUAUCCAUAUCUGUACGGGCGCGCUGGACCAAGUCGAUCGUUCUACCAGUAUGAGAGGUUCAACCAGGAUUUAUACUCGUCCUCGGGCGUCAACUUGGCCGCCUCGUCGAGCGCCUCCGGCAGCUCCCACUCGCCCUGCAGCCCGAUCCUACCGCCGUCGGUGAGCGCUAAUGCCGCUGCGGCGGCGGUGGCGGCAGCGGCCCACAACAGUGCGGCGAACCAGGCCAGCUCCUCCGGACUCCAGCUGGUCAGCGGGGCAGGGAUCGGGGGCAGCGGACUGCUCGGCAGCAAUGUGGUGCCCGGCAGCAGUAGUGUGGGCAGCGUCGGCCUGGGCAUGAGUCCGGUGCUGAGCGGCGCUGCUGGACACUCGCUGCACAGUACGCACAGGACGCACGCCCACGGCCACGCCCACUCCCAUGCCCACUCCCUCGCCCACGCACACACGCACCCGCAUUCGCAGACACAGACACACACGCACCCGCAUACGCACCAAACCAAAGAAGAGGAUCUCAUCGUGCCGCGCAGCGAAGCUGAAGCGCGACUGGUGGGCUCCCAACAGCAUCAGCAUCAUAAUGAAUCAUCCUGCUCCUCCGGUCCGGAUUCCCCCCGCCACGCCCACUCGCACAGUCAUCCGCUGAAUGUGGGCGGUGGAGCGACCGGCGGUUCAUCAUCAGCAGGCGGAACGGGUUCGGGGGGCGGCGAUGGAGGCGGAACCGGGGCAAUACCCAAGAAUCUUCCCACCCUGGAGGCGCCGAUGGGCAGUGGAGGUGGAGGAGGCGGCGGAGGAGGAGGCGGAGGGCUGGGCAGCAGUGGCCAGGGGCAAGCUCAGUAUCUAUCGGCCUCCUGCGUUGUGUUCACCAACUAUUCGGGCGACACGGCCAGCCAGGUGGACGAACACUUCUCCCGCGCCCUCAACUAUAACAAUAAGGAUGCGAAAGAGAGCAGCAGCCCGAUGUCGAAUCGCAAUUUCCCACCGUCGUUCUGGAACAGCAAUUACGUGCACCCCAUACCCGCGCCCACACACCACCAGGUUAGCGACUUGUAUGGCACAGCGACGGACACCGGCUACGCCACCGAUCCGUGGGUGCCACAUGCGGCAGCGGCUCACUAUGGUUCCUAUGCCCACGCAGCGCAUGCGCACGCCGCCCACGCCCACGCCUACCACCACAACAUGGCCCAGUACGGCAGUCUGCUGAGGCUGCCCCAGCAGUACGCCAGCCACGGAUCCAGGCUGCACCACGACCAGCAGACGGCCCACGCCCUGGAGUACUCCAGCUAUCCCACAAUGGCAGGACUGGAAGCGCAAGUGGCGCAAGUUCAGGAAUCGUCGAAGGAUCUUUACUGGUUCUAAGCAUCAUUGGGCGAUGGAUGGCCAAAAAGAACCUUCAGCAAAUGUAUAAACUCUGCCUGGGAUGAUGUUAGAAAUCGUUUCUCUCGGCAGCCUCGUAUACACAGCUCGACUUUCGGUCGGGCUUUUUGAAACCGCUUCUUAAGCAAAACUGCAGUCUGUGUUUCUGUGUGAGCAAAACAAUAACAAACGCAAAGGAUUUUGAAAUUUAAUUUAAUUUUACAAUAAUGUUUAACGUUUAAAUAUAAUUCAUAAGCUUAAAACACCUUGUAAACAAAAAAAUUAUCGCGCAUUCGAGACCAUUUUUUUCAGCGUAAUUUGAUUUUGUAAGUUUAGCAUCCCAUAUCAGCAAUUUAGACACAUACAAUAAUGAAUAUAUACACUAUAUAUAUAAAUAUACACAUACAAAUAUAUUGGUAUUCGUAAUCAGCGUUGGUAACGUUUAAUAAUCGACAUUUCUUGUAUAGUUAACGCAAACUUUGACAUACACUUAAAGCAAACAACAAAGUUAGAAUUUAUUUUGUUUAAACUUCAAUUUUUGCAAAUUUCAACAAACUAG